CGCGCUCAUUGCGUGCGCUGUUUUCGCAACGGCAACGGAAAAUUAGCCACCCAGUUGAGGUGCGAGCAGGACGGCAAGUGUACGGCAACGGAAUACGGAUUUUCAGAGUACGGGUAGGACGAGAGUUACGGGUGUACGGGUGCACGGGUGUACGGAAAACAGGAGGACGCAGAAGCACGGAUACGGAUACGCAGCCAGGAUGCGACACGCAUUUGUUGGAUUAAUUGUGUGCUGGCUGGCAGUUUGUCAACCGCAAGCUGAGGCGCAGUUCGGAGGCUUUGGGUUCCAGCCGCAGGGACCGUUCGCCUUCCAGCAGCCGCAGUUGCAACAGGUAUACCGCCAGCCGCAGCAGGCGCUUCAGUACAGGCAGUAUCAACCUCAACCUCUGGUCUAUUACCAACAGCCGCAGCAGGUGUUCCAGCAGCAGCCCCGCCAGCGACAGGGAUCCGUGUCGAAGGCCAACACCAAUGCCUACGAGCGGCAGGUGGACUUCGGCAACAAUGUGGAGUACACGCAGGGUCUGUCCAACUCGCGGGCAGUGACCAAGCAGAAUGGGCAGCGCGUGGUGACCAAUAGCCAGGCCCAGACGAGGGACGUGGACCUGGGCGGCCUGCAGCUGGGCAACACCUUGACCCGCACCCGCACCAAUGCCAACGGCCAGGUGUCGCAGGGCAUUGCCGAUCAGUUCCGGAUCGGAAACGUGGGUCUGGGCGCCUCCUUGUCGCCCCAGAACCUGCAGAAUGGCUUCGGCCUGAAGCGCGGCUCCGACGGUGACCUGCGCUUGGGCCUGGGACUCCUCAAUCUCGACCUGGAUCGCAACGUGGCCAAUCCGAACACGCUCGCCCAGGCCCAGGUGAAUGCCCAGGGCAAGGGCGCCAGGGUGGGUUCGAACAGCAACUCGCAGUCGAAUACUCAGCACUUUGGCGGCGUCACCGUCACCGACACGCGGGCCAACUCGAAUGCCUUUGGCAAGACGCGCAGGGGUCAGACCUCGGCCAGCACCGGCGGCUUUGGCGGCACUGCGGCCACCAAUGGCCAGAGCUUCGGCGGUCCCUUCCAGCAACAGGUGGCCUACAGGCGGCCCAAGCGGAGGGCCCAGUUCGUGCCCUUCGGCUACCCAGGCGGUGGCUUCGGCCCUGGACCCUUCGGUCUGGGACUCGACAGGCCGCGCAGGCAGUUUGGCGGCGGAUUCGGAGGCGGAGGUUUCGGGGGCCAAGGAUUCGGAGGCCAAGGAUUCGGAGGACGCCCUGGCUUUGGAGGCGAGGGACCUGGCUUUGGCAACGAAUACUACCAGCAGCCGCAGCAGCAGCAGCAGAGGAAGAAGGGCAACAAGAACCAGGCGCAGGGCAACGCGAAUGCCCAGGGAGGACCCGGCUUCAACCAGCAGGCGUCGACGAACAACCACGCCAGUCCCGGCAACACGGGCAGCAGCUCCAUUGGCUCCAAUCUGGCCGAGGACGGCAGCAGUGGUCAGGUGUCCUCCGCCAACACGAACACGCACGAGGGCCAGACGGCCAACGGCGGCUUCGAGAGCGGCCAGAACUCGCAGAGCCAGGCCCUGAACUUCAGACCUGGCCAGCAGCAGGCCUCCAGUGCGAACGCCAACACGGGCCACACGCAGCAGGGCGAUCGCGACACCUACACCUCGAACAGCGGCUCCACCUCGACGAACAACAACGAGUACGGCUCCUUGACGAACACGGCCAACACCAACUCGCAGGUGGUGCGGGAGGGCAAUCGGCAGGAUGCCAGCAGCGAUGCCAACAGCCAGAGCAUUUUCCAGGGCAACAAUGGCCAAGGCGAUGCCACCGCCCAGACAAAUGCCCAGACGAACAGCCAACGUGGUCCCGGCGGCUUUGUGAGCAACUCGGCCUCGAGCAGUGCCUCGGCCACCGCCCAGAAUGGCCAGUCCGCCAAUGCCAAUGCCAACGCGAAUGCGGGUGGUGCCGGCAAUGGCGGUGGUGCAGGCGCAAAUGCCGGCGCCAAUGGCGGUGGCUUCGGUGGCUUCGGCGGCUUCGGCGGUGGUGGCGCCAAUGCCAACAGCAACGCCUUCGGCGGCUUCGGUGGCUUCGGAUUCUACGGACGUUAGUUUUACACAUUCCCUAAACACACACCCACUUUUUUUUUGUCACCCACGCAAAAGCACGAGAAUUAAAAUGCAUUUUGUUAACUUAAACACACACUUUUAGCACCAAA